AUGGCGGCCGCCUUGCGCUUGGCCCUUCUGGGCGCCUGGGCCUUCGCGGCUCUGGGACAGCAAUGCGACUGCGACCAGUGCGCCAACGUCGACGACUGGACGUCCACCUGCUUCGACGACUGCACCAUCACGGGCGACCCGCAUGUGGAGAGCAGCUGGCGUAAGGGAUACGAAGAUGGCUUCGACUUCCAGCCUCAGGGCAUCUGGCGCCUGGCCAGGACGGACACCUGUGGUGGCCCGGUGGAGGUCCAGGCCUUCUUCUGCCAGUACUUCUUCACCCGGCUGAGCUCAGCCAUCGCCUACGCCAUCACCAUGAACGGCGGCGACAAGUACAUCGUCAAGAGGAUCGGGGAGGAGUACGUGGUGGGCAGCCCCAACGUCGAGAGCGCCACCUUGAAGAUCCUGAAAUCGAACGACACGGACCCAGCGGCCGGCGUCAUCCUCGUGAGCGAUGACAGCUGCGUCCGCAUCAAGAUCAACACCCAGCCUCUCUACGGCAGUGCGAGGAACCUGGCGCUCACCCCCGACGCCUACUACAACAACAUCGUCAUCAAGGCCUGGGGCUGUGCCACCAUGACGAGCGGGGGCAAGGAGGGCAUCUGCGGAGCGCAGAAGCUCUCGACGCAGUGGAUCGACCCGGAGAGCGACGAGAACCUCUUCACGACGCGGCUCGGCGGUCCCCAAGCCUACCCGCUAUGGCCGGAUGCGCCGAACCUCUGGCAGGACCUCUGCGAGUUCUGCCAGGAAGAUGGCGUCGCCCUCACUCCGCCUGGGUGCCCUGCGUCCGGCAGUGGUGACGUCACCCAGCCGGGCUGCGAGUUCAUGAGGCCGUUCGGACACCCCAGCGACAAGGAGUGCAUCCCGGACGAGACCAGCAACGACCCGGCGGUCAUCGAGAAUAACAACCGCAUCAAGGAGUUGAUGGACGAUGGGGAGAACUGCGUCGCUUUCGUGAACUUGAACACCCCGAAGUUCCCGCGCAGGACUUGCCGAGACUGGUGCCAGGACCGCGGCGCCCGAUGCGUGGGAGUGCGGGACGAUCCUGGCACGGGAAGGUUCCCCAACGAGGCCUUCGCUUGCAACCUCACCAACGCCUCUGACCCGGCCAACUUCGACUCGGACACAGGGGAGCCGAAGACUUGCGACACCCGCCUCAGGGACACGCACUGCGUCUGCGAGAAGCCCGACAACAACGCGCCUGGCGAGUCCGUGGAGAUGACGUGCCUGGAGGCCCGGGACCUGAACGGCUUCAACUUCUCCUACCUGGACGGCGCCGACAUCUGCCGGGAGGAGGCCGUCUGGCUGGAGGGCGUCACCUACCCGCAGAACUCGGAGCAGACCACGCCGGAGCAGCGGACGCUGCAGCACUGCAUCCAGGACGUGUGCGCCUCGGAUCCCGAAGACAGGCGGGAGGUGGCUCGUAGCUACGGGGACCGUGACCCCAGCUAUCCCCCAAACAAGCCCAACAUCUGCAACGGCCCGCUGCUGUGCAACCUGAUCUGCACGGCGAUGCUCAUUCAGGACUGGAGCACGUGCAUGCAGGUUUGCUCGGGUCACCGCUCCAUGCUCAUCCACGCGACCGGGCGCUACUGCAAGGCUGGGAUGUGUCCGAGCCUCCUGGAAGAGACCGAGGUCGUGGGAUUGCUCCAGCACCGACGGUCCGAGAGCCAGAAGUCCUUUCUGGAGAUCACUGACUCGGAGUCCAACUUAGACUUAGAGUCAAGGAGGAGAUCUCGACGGAUCGUCAUCAUUCGGCCCAAGGACGACGACGACGCGCGCCGCCGCAUCUUCAAGGAUGACGACGACACGCGCCGCCGCAUCUUCAAGGACGACGAUGGGACGCGCCGCCGCAUCUUCAAGGACGACGAUGACAAGGAUGGGACGCGCCGCCGCAUCUUCAAGGACGAUGACGGCACGCGCCGCCGCAUCUUCAAGGACGACGAUGACAAGGAUGGGACGCGCCGCCGCAUCUUCAAGGACGACGACGGCACGCGCCGCCGCAUCUUCAAGGACGACGAUGACAAGGAUGGGACGCGCCGCCGCAUCUUCAAGGACGAUGAUGACAAGGAUGGGACGCGCCGCCGCAUCUUCAAGGACGACGAUGACAAGGAUGGGACGCGCCGCCGCAUCUUCAAGGACGACGAUGAUGCUCCAAAGGACGAUGAUGCUCCAAAGGACGAUGAUGCUCCAAAGGACGAUGACGAUGACGAGGGCGAGGAUGAUGACGAGGACGAUGAGGACGAUGAGGACGAUGAGGACGAUGCGGACGAUGAGGACGAUGACGAGGGUCCAGUCAAGUGCGUGGACGAGAACACCAUGUGCAAGCAGAUCUGCUACGGCUUCCAGCUGGAGGGCACGGAGCUCUACUGGUGCCUGCACCGGUGCCAUUCCAAGUUUGCUCGGCAGCUGAAGCCGGGUCUGGACCAUUACUGCGUGGAGUGUGGCAAGUACUGUGGGCGGCCGCCUUCCACCACCACGACAACAACGACCACGGCCCCAGUCGUGGAAACUUGCCCAUACUUCACCACUACCACGACCACCACUUGCUCGACCACCCCGGGCGGCCCGGACGACGAUGACAACAGCCGGCGCCGCCGCAAGGACCAAGAUGCUCCUCCUCGCGCGGGUCUCGUGUGCGCACAGAGUAUCCCGUCCAUCUCCAGUAUCAUUCGGAGAUAUUCGGAGUAUCAUUCGAAGUAUCCGGCGAGUGCCCGCUCCGCGAGUAUCAGUGAUGGGUGGGAAGUAUCCCUGGAGUUGAGUAGCACCCCUGUGCCUACCGCAGAUUUCUGGAGUAUCCUUCAGGACGACGAUGACGACGGCACGCGCCGCCGCAUCUUCAAGGACGAUGACACCGUUCGCCAAGAGAUUGUGGCCUUUUGGCCUCAAUGGAAGAAAUGGUUAUACGCCAACAGGCAGUAUGGAGAAAUGAUGUCCUUGAUGCAGCGGCACAGGCACGAGCUUUUGCGAGAGUCGCUCACUGGGCACUUGGAGGACGACGAUGACGAUGGCACGCGCCGCCGCAUCUUCAAGGACGAUGAUGGCACGCCUUGUUCAAAGGGAUCAGAGGUGGGGGAUAAAGGGGGUCCAUAUGGGAGCCUCUCAACGAUGUUGUGCUGGGAGGACGACGAUGACCAGGAUGGCACGCGCCGCCGCAUCUUCAAGGACGACGACAUGUUUUGA